AUGGUGGUGAACAUAGCUGAAGCGAUACUCUCUCUGAACGCGGCUUUCGGAACGUUUUUCAACGUUUUACUUCUGAUAGUCGCUUGGUUCACCCCUUUACCGAGCAACAGCAAAUACAAGAAUUUGGUGAUGCUUUUUGCUGCCUUCAAUGUUAUUUAUUCCCUUAUAAAUGUCACUAUGAAACCGGUGAGAUCGCUUUCUUAACUUCUCAGGUUGGCUGUUCAGAUUUUGUACGUGAAAAGCCAUUCUCUAUAUUUAAUAACCUUCGUUUCGGAAAAUGAGAGCUCUUUCAAGCGUUUCGAGGUUAUGACCUACAUGGUUAUCGUUUUGGAAUCCCAUUAUCUUCUUUUGGUCAAUUUUCUCUACCGUUAUUUUAUGAUUUCAAGGUUCUCGUUCUUUAUCUUAUCUGGUAAGUCACAUAGUUUUCUUUAGGAAAGUUGCAGAGACCAAAAACGCAUUCCGACGGAGCGACGUCGUCGUUUUGAUAUCUCUCAACUUCGUUCUCGUAACCGUGCUCACAUUUUUCAUCAAAUAUUUCGAAGCGAAGGAUUUCAUUGACCCGCAAGUGCAGAAAGAGAUUGAAGACGUGUUUCACGUCAAAAUUCCUCGUCGCGGCUUUUUCUUCGCGGAGCUCUCCAAGGUCGAUCCGAUAUACCGUAGAGAAGAGCUCUCUGAAUCAUUCAGGAUAACUUGGAGAGCCUCUUCAUGAUAUCGUGUCUUCUCGGCGAUUUAUUGGUGAUAAUCGUUUUGACGAUGAUAGUUGGGUAUAAAACAUACAAACUGUUGAAUCAGCAUGUCCUGAACCUUCCUAUCCAAAAACAAAUCUUCCGAGCCAUCUUAUGUCAAGUAUGUUUUAAAUAUUUUCAUGGAAAUCUAACACAAUUCCCAGUGUAUCGCCCCUUUCUUUCUGGGCUUCCUCCCCAGUCACGUCAUCGUCGUCUGCACCGUUCUGGACAUAAACCUCGGAGCCUACAAUACGCUUUUGCACGUUUUCCUCAGUUUUCAGCCAGUCGUCGAUCCGUUUUUCACCCUGUUUUUGAUCAAAAUUUAUCGCGACAAAGUCGUCGGCUUCCUGACAUUCCUCUGUAAAAAAGAGCAUCCGGUUGGAAUCAGUUCUGUUGGAAUCGCUUCGGCACAAGUCACUCCUGAGCAAGUCGAAAUGAACUCGUUGCAAUAAAGACUGACAAGAAAAGUAGAAAAAGACACAACUCGAAUAUUGGAAGAAACUUUGCUGAGAUAUGCCAGGUCUUCUGAUUCUAAAACCAAAAAAAAAUUUUACGAAUUCCGUCUUUCAGCGGAGUUUUUUGAGCUUCAAAGCUCACACGUGAGAGCAAAUCUGGGAAAAAAAAAGAAACUGGGAUAAGGGUUCGAAUCUUUUUUGAGACCAGCUUUUUUUUUGAGAGAAUUGAAGGUGGGGACAUAAUACGAAGGAAAUAGCAGAAAACGUGCUUUUUUGUCAUUUACCCCGCUAGAAAGCGCUAAAUGUUUUUCUUUUUCUGGAAUCAGCGGAUCUGGAAGUACAUGUCACCAGUGAUCAUUAAAAAGUUUGAAAUUCCCGAUCCUCAUAAAGGAAUGGAUUGUUUAUUUCUGAAAUUGCCUUUUCCUUCUUUCCUAUUCUUCUCGGGGGCAGAAGCAUAUUUUGAAGCAGAAUAAAAUUUCAGAAGGUACAUUGGUCGUUUUUUCCACGCCAAUUGUUUUGAUCUAACUUAUUUUUGAAAAACACAAUCCUCGACGUAAAAUAGUCUCCCCUCCCCAGAGAUGAUAGUUGAAUUAUACGAGAAGAUUUUCAUUUCCAGCGCGUUUUUUUCCUAGACUUCCUACCGAGCCUGACCGGCACGACUUGCGACAUCAAUCUUGAACUUUACACCAAUCUUUUACUAUUUUACCACAGUUUUUAACCGAUGGUCGAUCUUCUUUUCAUUUUUUUUUCUGAUUAAAUACUAUCUUGAGAAGGUUCUGUUGAUGUUUCUCUGUAGGAAAAAAGAUCUGAGAGCUUUUAACUUCAGUGAUUAUGCCUUGGCGCAGAGUUCUUUAUAAGCUCCUUCAAAAGAAAAUAUUAUCAUUGGAAUGAUUUUGAGAUAUUUCUGCUGUUUUUCUGCCACCGCAGGUGUACUAUGAAGUCCUGCGUCGUUCUGUGCCCCACCUUCCGAAUUUAUCCCAAGAGACUGCUAGAUAAUGAACCAAAAUGAAGCAUUUCGCCGAAAUCUUCUAACAGUCAUGACGAUUGAUAUAUUCGAAGUUAUAUUCGCUUUAAACGCAGCUUUUGGCGUUUUUCUGAACGUCCUUCUUCUGAUGGUUUCAUCUUGCACUCCUCUACCGAGCAACAGCAAAUACAAGGUUUUGGUGAUGCUUUUUGCGGCGUUCAAUGUUUUCUAUUCCCUACUUCAUUUUGUUUUGAAACCGGUAAGCUUUUUCGAAAAGUUCUGGACACUCGCUGAUUGAGAUAAUAUACGUCAAAGGCUAUAAACUCGCUUUCGUGACGACUUUUCUGACCCAUCACAAGUGGCGUUUCUUCGAAAUCGUGGCUUACAUGAUUAUUGUCAUGGAAUCUCAUUAUCUUCUUUUCGUCAACUUCCUCUACCGUUAUUUCUCGGUAUCAAGGUUCGAUAUUGGGUCUCUCUUCUUGAGGAAGUAUCAAGCGGAGUUUAGGAAAGUCGCAGAGACGAAGAACGCUUUCAGCCGAACGGAUAUAGUUCUUCUGGUAAUUUCUAACGCGGCUCUAGUCUCCAUGUUUACCCUUUUGGCCAAAUAUUUUGAAGCAGACGUCUCAAGAGAUCCAACGAUGUACGCAGAAAUCCAAGAAGUUUUCCAUGUGGAAAUCCCUCGGCACGGUUUCUUCUACGCAGAACUUUCGAAGGUGUUCUUGCCAAGAAGAAGCUGAAUCAAAGAUGUGAUGCUCAGGACAACACGCAAGGCUUUUGCAUGCUGACCGGACUGCUCGGUCUUUUUUUCAUCAUCCCGUUGGCCAUGAUGGUCGUGGGAUUCAAAACCUACAAGUUAUUGAAUCAACACAUCCUCAAUCUACCCAUUCAGAAGCAGAUUUUCCACGCCAUCAUAGGCCAGGUUCUCAUAGAUUCUAUAUUUCAUGUUCCAAACUUCAUAUUUUUAGUCUUUGGCUCCAUUCUUUCUGGGCUUCCUUCCAAGUUUAAUCGCCAUCGCCUGUACAUUUGAAGGCAUUAAUCUCGGAAUCUACACGAAUGUUCUUUUUGUGUUUCACAGCCUUCAACCUGUCGCCGACCCUCUUUUUACCUUGCUUUUGAUCAAGAUCUAUCGCGAGAAGGUUAUCGAGACAUUUUUCUGCAGGAAGAAACAACCGGUGAAAUUUAAUUCGGUGGGCAGUGCUUCGGCUCAAGUUGCUCCCGAGCAAAUCGAAAUCACGUCUCUUGCAUGA